GGCGCGCACAUACGUGCCGGACGCACACGCGGUCCGUCGUCCGUUCCGUCACUCGAUCAGCGCUCCUCCGUCGGCUGUCAGUGGACUCUCGCGCCGUCCGUCACCGUACACCACGACAACAACCCGUUCGCACCGGGGAAAAACGUGCAUCCCGUCCGAGGGAUCGUAACACACCCUAACCCGUCCAUCCGUCACGCGCAGCGCAUCCAAUCACGGCGAUCCGACGCAACGCGAACACGAUGGUUUGGUCCGUCGCGCGCAACUUGUGCAUCAUCUGCGUUUUGGCCAUCGCGUCCGUCGACUCCGGUUCGCUGAUCAGUAGAGGCAGAGAGCUGAUUCAGAAUGCUUUGAACAUGGGCUACCAGGGCAACAAUAACACCAGCCGCGAUUGCGUGUACAGACGAGAUUCGGAUGGUCUGUGUCCCGGAGAGGAUAUAUAUUUCUAUUACUACACACUCAGGCACACCGGAGACGGGUCGAGGCUUCAGAAGCAAAAAAUCGAAUUCACGUCACCGGCAUGGCUGCACUCGAGCGGCUGGGAUCAUUCGCUGCACACGGUGUUGAUCGUGCACGGUUACGGUGGAACGGCAGGAGACCAUUUCCCUGGCUCCGUACUCAGAGACGCAUACCUGAAAGACGGCAAGUACAACGUGUUCGUGGUGGACUGGGGAAAGCUGUCGGCCAUCCCGUGCUACGCGGCGGCCGUGCACAACCUGAAACCCGUGGCCCGGUGCAUGGCGGCCGCGAUCACGCGCCUGCGCACCGCCGGCCUGGACGUGGACCAGCUGACGUGCGUCGGUCACAGCCUGGGCGCUCACCUGUGCGGCAUGAUGGCCAACUACCUGCCGUUCCGGAUGCAUCGUAUCAUCGGCGUGGAUCCGGCCAAACCGUUAAUCCGCAAUCGGGCUUCCGGCCGCCUGGAUCCCGGCGACGCGGACGUCGUGCAGAUCAUACACGCCACGGCCAGGUACGGGGACCUGAAGCGCAUGGGGCACGUGGACUUUUGCGUGAACGGAGGACGCGCGCAGCCGUUCUGUCUGAACGCUUCUGACACGGAACUGUGCAGUCACGUGCGCAGCGUGUGUUACUUGGCCGAGAGUUUGGACGAGGGCACGGCCCGGAGAGCGGAGCCGUGCACGAGGCGAUGUCUUCAAGGCGACCAAGGCAGCUCGUCGGCGGUCAACUCGUUCGGACAAACGCCGUACGUCGUACUGGGCCAGCACACGCCUGACGAGGUCAAAGGCGUGUACUGCGUGACGAACUCGGAAGCGCCGUACUGUUCGAAAACGAACCCGAAGGGAAGCCCGUAUUGCUGUGCGCCAGCCGUGCCGGACGCAGGAUAUAUGUUGGACCUCACGGAUCAAUUAGGAUUGGAAGAAAACAACUAAUAAAUAUUAAUAGAAACGGAAAAAGUUGCUACUUCCUUGUGUUUUCAACGGGUUUCGCACCAAAUGUACAAAAUACUUAACUUAAUGCAUUCGAAUAAUAAUAUUAUAAAGAUUAUAUUUUAUAUUUUGAUAAUAUAUAAUCGUUGGAGAUAUUUACCUUUAUAA